AUGAAAGAAGUCCUGCUCGUUGGGUUCGGCGCUGUUGGAGCCCUCUACUCUCUCGUCUUCAAAAGAAGCGGGCUGGCUAGAGUUACGGCAGUAGCGAGGAGUAACUAUAACCAAGGCGUUCAUUUCAAGAGCCAAAAGUUCGGAGAGAUCAGAGACUGGAAACCUGACCGCCUGUGUAGCUCUGUGGCCAGUGCUGCGGAUCAAGCAUAUGACUAUGUGGUAGUAACCACGAAGGCGGUACCAGAGCUCAAGCGAACGCCAGAGAUCCUGUCACCAUUGCUAUCUCCUGAGUAUACGAAUAGGUUUUCGCAGCCGACAUACAUAUUACUGCAAAAUGGACUUAAUGUUGAGAGGGAUCUAUACGACGCUAUUCUCAAGUUGGACAAGGGGAAGCCCUCUAUCAUCGGCACGGCUUUGUACGUCGGGACAAACAUUACAGGCAGCAAUGUGGUAGAGCAUAAUAAUGUUGAAAGACUCUCUCUAGGCAUCUACCGACAUGGGGAUCCUACGACCACGGAGAACUCGGCAUGUGAGGCCGCACUCCUUCAAGAUCUGGGGUCAAUUCUCCAGAAGGGAGGCAGCGCAACAACCAUCGUGCCAGAAAUACAACGCAUCAAAUUCUCCAAGAACUUCUGGAACCUUUCUUUCGCAUCGUUCGCGACGUUGACUGGAUAUACAUUGCCUUCGUUAUUUCGCAGCCCUCCCGCUUCUAACGGCGAGCAGUAUGAUCCAUAUGUGCACCCUAUCACGGCCGAACUGGUUCAACAACAUUCAUUACCCGCAAUCAAAGCAAUCAUGAAAGAGGUUUUGGCAUUAGGUCACGCAAUGGGCUUCCCAGACUCUCCAGAUGGGCUUCCGUCCUCGACGGUUGAGACUAUUUUUGAGAACACUGCGGGAUUACACCGCUUCCCGGAUAGUAGCCACGUCCCCAGCAUGCUCCUCGAUGCUAGGCGCUCGCAGCCAAUGGAAGUCGAAGUAAUUGUUGGGGAAGUCGUGAGGAUGGGGAAGAAGUACAAGGUUGAUAUGCCACAUAUCGACAUGCUGUAUGCUCUUCUUUUGGUGAAGCAGAACCAAAUAUUAGGUCGUAUUGCAGCUCGCGAGCAGUAG